AAAAUUUAAUUCUGGCUAACACAUCUAAACAGAAAUAGGAAGUUGACUAAAAAAGCAACAAAAAAAUGUUAAUAUUUGCUGCAGGUAAAGAAAUGUUUGCAAACAAAGCUUAAUUGUAUAAGAAAUCUGAAGAUAUUAAACAAUCAACAUGCCGUCUGUUGUUACCAUUAAAUAUUCAAACACUGUAUCUCCUGCAAAUCCUGACACUGAAGGUGUAUUGAUCAUUGGAAAACAUAACGACCUGAUAAAAUUACGUGAUAAUGUCAGUGUUAUAUCUGCAAAAUUUGGAAAAGUUAUUGAUGAAAAGACCUUCGUCAAAGGAUUUGACCAGUUGUCAACAACUUCUUCUGACAGCGUGGAAUUGUACUUCAAAAACUUCACAAUUGCGUCUAUGCCGUCAACCAGUAGUCGACACAACGCUCCUAUGUUACCUCACACACUCUCCACGUUGGUGAAAACAUAUGUUCCAAGAACAUCUAAUGAACACAUUGUUAUUGUUUGUGAACGUGAAUCUGCUUUUGCUCUUGGUUGUGCAGUUCCUCGUGUUUUUCCAUUAUACAAUACUAAAACAGGUUCCAGUGACAAUGAUGUAACAAUUACUGUUGAAUUUGUUUUCAUUGGGGCAGAUAAAUCACCUUUGCAAGAUGACGAAAUCGAUUGCUUGCAUGCUGCUUCACAAUCUGUCAGAUUGGCUGCGAAAAUUGUCGAUGUUCCUUGUAACGAAAUGCACACAGAUGCAUUUCUUGAGGAAAUUCGUACUGUUGGUAAGGAAGUUAACAUAGAACCUUUUAUCAUACAAGGAGAAGAGCUUAGCAAAAAAGGUUUCGGAGGCAUUUAUGGUGUUGGGAAAGCAGCCAUACAUUUACCUGCACUGGCUGUGUUAAGCUAUAAGCCAGAAGGGGCAACCAAAAAUAUUGCAUGGUGUGGAAAGGGCAUUGUUUAUGAUACUGGAGGUUUAUCCAUAAAAGACAAGAACAGCAUGCCUGGCAUGAAACGAGAUUGUGGUGGUGCUGCAGCCAUAUUAGGAGCUUUUCGUGCUGCAGUGAAAGCUGGAUUCAAAGAAAAUCUCCACGCAGUCUUUUGUUUAGCUGAGAACGCAGUAGGUCCGUUAGCAACAAGGCCUGACGAUGUACAUACAUUGUACUCUGGACUUACUGUUGAGAUUAACAACACUGACGCAGAAGGUAGACUGGUACUUGGUGAUGGAGUAGCAUAUGCGAAAAAGGAUUUAAAAGCUGAUAUUAUUGUUGACAUGGCAACACUAACUGGUGCUCAGGGCAUAGCAACAGGAGCUUAUCAUGCAGCCAUUUUAACAAACAACGAGGAUUGUGAAACAAGUUGCUCGAAAGCGGGAAGAAUCAGUGGUGAUUUGGUGUUCCCAGUCCCUUACACGCCGGAACUUCAUUUUGAUGAAUUCACCAGUUGCGUUGCAGAUAUGAAGAACUCUGUAAAGAAUCGCAGUAAUGCUCAAGUGUCAUGCGCAGGAUUAUUUAUCGGUGCACAUAUUGGAUUUCAAUUUACGGGCGUAUGGUUACACAUUGACAUGGCGUACCCGGUCGAAUUUAAGAACGAGCGUGCAACUGGCUAUGGAGUCGCUUUACUAUUAGCCUUAUUUGGUAAAUACACGUCAAAUUCCAUGUUGAAGUCUAUUGGAACGAUGCAGUGAUGUUGACGUGCGAUCGUGACCAAUCAAACCGACGGUUUAAAAACAUCUAUAAACAAUGUUUUCACUUUUAAAACAAACAAUUUCGAGUAAACACAAAUGAUGAAGAUUUUGUAAAUUCUUACAAUUCUAUUUUUACUUUUCUUGUAAGAAAUAUAUUCUUACACAAA